AUGGCUAUAAGUAUAUUAGAGAGUGAUCGAAUAGACCGUUACGAGCUUGAAAUUUUUAUCGGUCAAGUUAAUUUUACAGAAUUCAAAUUUAAAGAGUCAGAAAAUUGCAAUGCAAAUGAUAAAGCGGGAUUAAAACAAGAAGAAUUAUCUAAGCAAAAGUAUACUAUUAAGACAAUGUUGGAUAAUAUAAUAGAAUACAAUAUAUCUAACUAUGAUAAUGUUAAUGAAGAUCCUGAAGACCAAUGCUUAACAUAUUACGAUGAUUUAAAAUCAAAUGAGUCGCUUCAAAAUAUUGUUAAACAACUUUCUGAACGGUAUAAUGUUAACAUGAAGCCCAAUUGUAAUGUUCAAAAUAUUUGUUUCGAUAUCAUGUACAAAGAAAGUGACAAGGUGGUUAUUUCUACGAAGCCCACUACUAUAAAUAGAGGGUUAAUAUGUAUAUUUGCCUGUGUACCUAGAACAUUAGUAACAAUUUUACAAAAGAAUCCUUUAGAACUAAUAAUCUAUGAGGACCUUGAAGACGAUCGAAUAAAAUUGGGUUCAGUAUCUAUCAUGCUCAGCAGUUCAAUGGGAUUUACAAGUGCAAUAAGUUACCAUUUUUAUGAAAAAGGAUACGAUAUACAUGCACAUACUGUCGAAAGCGUACACGAAGUGAAAAAUAUGGAUGGUAGUCAGUCUAUAGGAGAUAUGUUUGUGCGUUUGAAGUUAACGUGUCAUGGACCCGAAACAAUGCAAGUCAAUCAAAUUGUAUUAAAAUCAGAUCAACCGGAGCUACAACCCAUAUUCAACGAUAACAAUUCAUUUGACUUUUAUUUUGAUAAAAAUAUCAUGCCAUCUCCACCAAGAAUGAUGUAUGGUGGUGUAAGCAAAUGUGAAGAUAAAGUUCUUAACCCUGAGAUAAAAGAGCUUCUCGAUUGUCAAAGGAUUCAAGAAACAAAAGAAGAUAAGCCAUGCAUUUGUCCUUUUAAAGGGUUACUAGAAAAUAUACAAACAAUUUUGUCUUCCGAUAUAAAACAAUGCGCCUCUAUAUGUAAGUUAAAUUUAGCAGUAAACGAAGUCUGCAAUGAUGAAAUUUGUAGAUCAGUGACUUCAGCUGAAAUAAAAAACAAUGAUUGUAUGGAAAGGAAAUCAAAAUAA